AUGACGACCAAGAUAGGCGAAGAAAAUCCAGUUGAAUGUCUGCUCAAUCUGGACGAGAUUGAAGAUCUCGCCACCAGAACAGUGAGCAAGAAGGCAUGGGCGUAUUACUACUCGGCGGCCGACGACAAGAUCACCAAGCACGCCAAUACAGAGGCCUUCCGCUCCAUUCAAUUGAGACCAAAAGUGUUCGUUGACUGCACUGAGUGCGAUCUAGAAACGACAUUGUUAGACAAUCCCGUGUCUCUCCCUAUUUAUGUUUCCCCAGCAGCUAUGGCCCGACUAGGGCACCCAGCUGGCGAGGCUGGAAUCGCAGAGGCAUGUCGUAGCUUCGGUGCUUUGCACGUCAUCUCAAACAUGGCAUCUAUGACGCCAGAGCAGAUUGUUGCAAACGCAGCCCCAGACCAAGCAUUUGGCUGGCAACUAUAUGUGCACGCCAAUCGAACCACUAGCGAGCGGAUGCUGGCUCGAAUCAACAAAUUGAAGGCAAUCAAGUUUAUUGCUUUGACGCUUGAUUCUCCCGUGACUGGGAAAAGAGAGGACGACGAACGCGGUGGAAACAUCAUUAAUAUCAUGCCGGAAUCUAAGUCGGAUGAGUCUCUGUUACGGGAGAUUGAUAACCAUGACAAGAGACCAGCGACCAAGGCCGCAGACCUGGUGUUUAAAGGGUUUGACCCUUCUCUCACUUGGACAGAGACUCUUGGGUGGUUGGCAAAGCACACCGAUCUUCCGGUUGUUCUCAAGGGUGUCCAAACGCACGAAGACGCGUAUAUUGCAACCCUAUACACUCCUCAAGUCAAAGGUAUCAUUCUCUCAAAUCAUGGUGGCCGGUCUCUUGACACGGCUCCUCCUGCUGUUCACACCCUGCUUGAAAUCCGCAAGUACUGCCCUGAGGUGUUCGACAAGAUUGAAGUUUGGGUUGACGGUGGGAUCAAGAGGGGGACGGACGUGGUUAAGGCUUUUUGUCUAGGUGCAAGAGGCGUCGGAAUCGGUAGAGCUGCGCUCUGGGGAUUGGGAGCUGGGGGCGUGGCCGGCGUAAAGAGGACAUUACAGAUUCUGACUGACGAGACGAAAACCUGCAUGCGUCUUCUUGGAGUGAAAAAUGUCGAUGAACUCGGCAUGCAACAUAUCAAUACUCGACUGGUUGAGAAACAAAUCUACGAUGGACCGUCUGGUCUUGAAGCCUGCCGGGCGAAAUUCCGGUCGAGACUCUAG